GCUGCGCCGUAGGACCCGCCUGGCGCUGCCGCUGCUCCCGUCUCGGUCAUCUUCCCUCAGUCCUGCCCAUCAAAUAAUGUUCUCCAUGCUCUUUACGGCUCUAAUUCAUUCACCGACUUCUUUUUUAUUCCAGACUCUGGACUAAUUCCGCCAUCGACAAGUUUCUAGUUUGCCAUGGCAACAGUAGUGAUGGAGCAGAUUGGCCGGCUGUUUAUUAACGCACAGCAGCUGCGGCAGAUCCCUCAGCUGCUCGAGUCAGCUUUCCCCACACUGCCUUGCACUGUGAAGUUGUCCGAUGUUCCCAGAGUGUUUCAGGAGCGCCACAUCCUCACCGGCUACCGGCAGACGGACCAGAGCUGGCGCUAUUACUUCCUCACCCUCUUCCAAAGGCACAACGAGACCGUCAACGUGUGGACCCACCUAUUGGCCGCCCUCAUCAUCCUGGUAAAGUGGCAGGAGAUCUCAGAGACGGUGGAUUUCCUGCGUGAUCCUCACGCCCAGCCCCUCUUCAUCGUUCUCCUGGCAGCUUUCACUUACCUCUCCUUCAGUGCUCUCGCUCAUCUAUUCUCCGCCAAGUCGGAGCUCUCCUACUACACCUUUUACUUCCUCGACUACGUGGGGGUUUCUGUCUACCAGUACGGGAGCGCUCUGGCACACUACUACUAUGCCAUAGAGAAGGAUCUGCACACCACGGUGCGAGGGUUCUUUUUACCCACGGCAGCGUUUCUGGCUUGGCUCACCUGCUUCGGGUGCUGCUAUGGCAAGUAUGCCAGGAAUGAGCUGCCCAAGUUCGCCCACAAGCUCUUCCAAGUGGUGCCCUCGGCCUUGGCUUACUGUUUGGACAUCAGCCCCGUGGUUCAUCGCAUCUACAGCUGCUACCGGGACGGUUGCGCCGAUCCCACUGUGAUGUACCAUUUUUACCAUGUGCUCUUUUUCCUAAUCAGCGCCUAUUUCUUCUGCUGCCCGCACCCAGAGAGCCUGUUCCCUGGGAGGUGUGACUUCAUCGGGCAGGGCCAUCAGAUCUUUCACGUGUUUGUGGUGGUGUGCACCCUGAUGCAGAUCGAAGCGCUGCGAACAGACUUCAUGGAGCGCCGUCCCUUCUACGAGCGUCUCCACGGAGACCUGGCGCACGACGCCGUCGCGCUCUUCAUCUUCACCACCUGCUGCAGCGCCCUCACCGCUUUCUAUGUGCGCAAGCGCGUGCGCGCCUCCCUCCAAGAGAAGGAGGAGUGAGAGUUUAUUUAAAAAGAGAAAAAAAAAAGGUUAAUUUAUUUUACUCGGUAGUGAUGGGUUUUAAAAUAAUACAAAUGUUUUGUCUAUGAAAAUAUCAGUUUGUGACGGUGACUUCUGAUCUCUUCUCUACGUGAUCUGCCAAACGACGGUGAAGUAAAGUGACUGAGGAUGUGUUUUUUGUGACUUACAGUGAGAAAAAGGGAAUGAAUCUUUUGACUUAUCUGUAGCAAUGCAGGUAGUACUAGAAAACAAUUCCUUGUGUCUUUACUCCUCAUUUUUUUUGCAAAGUUGCUUUCAGUCUUGGUCUGAAGGAAUGUUUCACUUCAUGAUACAAAUUUUUCCUUUUGUCCGGGCGAGCAAGCAAGUUCCUCCAAAGGCCUUCUUAAUUAUAUUUGAACAACCCGCCUGUCUUAAUCAAAUUAUAACAUUUCAACUUGUGUAUUUAUACAGUAUGAUUCGUUCACAUAAGCCUAAUGUAUAUUGCAGCCUGACAAAAACGUAAUUCAUUAUUAUACCUUUUCCUAGAUUUGCCUCUUUAUCAAUUCAUCAAGGCACCAUCUCAGUGCCACCUUAAUUUUCGGUAACCUGUUGAGGAAAGUUAGUAAACCAAAUAUUGUUCCUAUACUCGAGAAAAAACAAAACAAAAACAUGUUUUAUGUGGAAGAGUACUAUCUUUUCAAAAUGAGGCUGGCACUCUGUGUGGGUUAAAAGAUGAAUGCAACAUCACUGAUGUCUAUUAUUAUGAUUAUUAUGAUUAUUAUUAUUAUUGUCGUUAUUAUUGUUAUUUUUUUGUACUCAAAGGGCUGGAACUUCAGCUUUUGCCUUUCCACAUCCCAUGAUGUCUCUGCUUUGCGUGCAUGUUCUCAUUGAUGGCUGAUCAGGGUUGAGUCACAAAAGCCGGGUCUGAGUGUUCUGCUUUUAGUGUGAUUUGCUUUUGUACAAUGAAUAUUUACGUGCCUCUACGCAUGUCUUUUUGGUAUAUACUGUGGAUAUUAAGUGUGUGAAUGUCAAUGAAACCUUAGCCUUGCACUUCUUUCUUACCCUGUAAAUAAGCUGUAUUACUUUAGAAGGUUACGUCUUGUUUUUUUCUUCAACUCAACAUCUGGAUCUGGUUUUGUUUUUCCUUACAUUCCUAUUUUGGUGCAUCGUUUCUGAGCGUAUGUUGGUUUCCUUCGGGCUGUUGGCCUUUUAAUGGCUAUGAAUACAUCAUUUCAUACUGCAGCUGUCGCUCUGCAAUGACAUACUGUACAUUUGUUUUCUGUUUUUGGAUGAUGACUUUUCUUAUGACCGCGUUUGCUUUAUUAAAAAUGUUGCUCAAUAUUUUUUUUUUCUCACAAAAAAAAAGAUGAAUAUUCAUUGCCUCUCUUUUAUGACGGUGUUUAAUGUGCCAAUGAAUCUGUUAUUACUUCAGUGAUGGUACUACUGAGGGAUUAAUUCAGUGACUGUCAGGGGUUGAUUUGGUUUUUAUUUUAUUUCUUUUCGUCAGCUCACUAUAAACCAGUUGAAAGUUAGAUUUAACCAAAAUGCUCCUGAAUAUGACCCUUUGUAACAUUUCUGACUGUCUCAUAAUGCACUGCCCAAAUCCACUCUGUAAAUACUGUAGCUGACAGCAGGGGCUAUGUUUGCGUGUGUGUGAGCUGUUCAUGUGGUUUUUCUGGUUUUGUGUGAAGCGUGGGAAAAGUGGGAAUGUAGAAUAAUCCUGGAAAUCCUGUAUGCUGUUCCAGGGAAGCCUGUCCGUUCUUGUGCGGGUGAAGACUGCAACACGAUUGAGGCUGCUCAAAUGAAUUUUUCUCAUUCAGUCUCACGCUUUGCUGAACGUUAAAUGCAAAUGAUUUCCAGUUGGCAAAUGUCUGUAAAUCUAAUCAGCGCUACUUGCACAGUGACAGAAGGUUACUGUCCUUAUCAUCAAGAUGCCCCAACUAGUAACUACAGAGAUGGAAAUUUGUGUAAAGAAUAUUGUUGGAAAAGAGAGAGUUUAAAAGUGCCAGAUGUUUUUUUUAUUAAGAAAAAAGUAUUUAUUAAAACGUGGAGACUAUUAGAGGUUAUCUAUGAUCAAUGCAGAUGAAACUGAUUCAGAAUUUAACUGGAAUAUAGCCUGGAGUGUGUGUGUGUGUGUGUGUGUGUGUGUGUGUGUGUGUGUGUGUGUGUGUGUGUGUGUGUGUGUGUGUGUGUGUGUGUGUGUGUGUGUGUGUGUGUGUGUGUGUGUGUGUGUGUGUGUGUGUGUGUGUGUGUGUGUGUGUGUGUGUGUGUGUGUACAUAGCCUCUGAUAUCACCCAAGAUUUCUCAUCAUGCCUUUCUGAAAAGUUGUAAGAAGACCAGAGUCUUCUGCCUCCUGUUACUGACUGUACUAAUGUUCUGUGGUAUUUAAAGAAAUAAAGUGUUACCUUAACUUCAAAAA